GCCCAAAGUCCGAGCUUGCAGAAUGCCUCAAGGACCAAGGCCAGCAUGAGACGCCAACCGAGAUCUCCUCGGAAUGUACGGAUUUCAUGGCACUCAACACGGCCUGCGCUGAUGAGAUAGAGCAGCUUUGCGAUGAGGAAUUCUUUGCGGAGAACACGAUGCCCUGCUUGGUGAAGUAUCGGGUGUCAGACGAGGACAUAUCGGAGAAAUGUCAGUCGGUGAUGCAAUGGGCACUUCCAGAGGAGGCGAUAGAGCCCGUGACAGAUGAGCUGGGUAUGUCCGAGGAGGAUCGCUUGGAAAAAGAAGAGUGGAGAGCAAAGCGAAAGCAAGGGCGGGAGGAUGCCAUUGAAAGAAUGAAGAUGAAGGAACAAGAUGCAAAGAAGGACAGAAGGAGAGGAGGGAGCUGCAAAAGUUUCAGGAGGAAAGCCCCGAGGAGUAUAAAGCAAUGCUUGCUCAGAAGGAGGAGGACAAGCGCCAGGCAGCCGAGCAGAAGAGGCGUGAAAGGCUGCAGCAGGCUGCAUGGGAGCGCAAGCGGCGGAUUGAGGCGGGCGAGGACCCCGAUGCCGCAGAUGCUUCAAGCUCGAGAUCAGCGCCCAAAGGCGCGAAGCCAAAGGGGUCCUGGUACAGCACCAUAGCUGCCGUGCUCUUUUUGGCAAUCAUCGGGGGCAUUGCCUACACGGUGAUGGCAGGCGGCAAAAGCGCACCAGCAAGCAGCCGCAGCGCCAAGGGGGGUAAGAAGAAGAGGUGAUUUUGUUGGCGACUGCCGCACCUCGCCCUGUGAGUGGUUAUCGAGUCUUGCGAUAGGGCAAGAACACGAGAGGCAAUGACUGCAAAGUUGGUCACUAGGCUCUUGAAGCCUAGCACUAAUGUUCUCUUGCUCUCGGUGUGGGAGGCUCAGCAGAAGCUGAAAUAGGAUUAGGAGGCAUGACACGAGGGAAUCACUGUGCAGCCAUAGGGCGCAGAACGAAGC